AUGUCCGACGACCAGCUCAUCCUCCCCAUCAUCGACUCCCACAUCCACCUCUACCCGCAGUCCGAGGUCGACACGCUCGCCUGGUACACCCCCGAGCACCCGCUCGCCGGCCAGCGCUCCCUCGACGAGUACAAGGCCGCCACCGCCUCGGCGCCCUCGCUCCUGGGCUUCGUCUUCGUCGAGACGGACCGCAAGAACGACGUCGCCGCCGAGGACUGGGAGCAGCCCCUCAACGAGGUCCGCUGGCUGCGCCGCGUCGCCCUCGGCCAGCCCAAGGACGGCGAGGGCCACUCCCCCGAAGACGCCAAGCUAUGCCUGGGCAUCGUCCCCUGGGCGCCGCUGCCCAGCGGGCCCGCUGUCCUGGAGCGCUACCUCGACGCCGUGAAGGAGGCUGCUGGCGAGGCGUGGCCCAAGGUCAAGGGGUUCAGGUACCUGCUGCAGGAUAAGCCGCACGGCACGAUGCUCGAGCAGGACUUUAUCGACUCGCUGAAGCUGCUUGGCCGGAGGGGCUUCGUCUUUGAGGUGGGCGUGGACCAGCACCGCCGUGGGAAGAAGCAGCUGGAUGAGGUGGUUGAGAUGGUGGACCGCGCGCACGACGGCGUCCCCGAGGACGAGAAAGUCACCUUUAUCCUGAACCACCUCUGCAAGCCCGACCUCACCAUCUACAACGUCACCUCGGACCCCUCCUUCCACGCCUGGCGCACCGCCAUGUACACCCUCAGCAAGGCCUCGCACACGUACGUCAAGCUCUCGGGCGGCUUCGCCGAGAUGCCCCCCUCGCUGCGCGCCCAGGACCCCGCCCACAUCUUCCAGUCGACGCUCGCCUGGCUGGGCAUCGUCCUCGCCACCUUCGGCCCCGCCCGCAUCAUGUUCGGCAGCGACUGGCCCGUCUGCACCGCAAACGAGCUCGGCGACGAGGCCUGGCCCAAGUGGAGGCAGGUCGUCGACAAGAUGUGCUACAUGGCGACGCUCAGCGACGAGGACAGGGCCAUGAUCUUUGGCGGCACGGCCAAGAAGGCGUAUAACCUGUAA